AUGUUUAGAAAUCAGACAAGACAGUUUUCCGCAGUUAGGAUUCUUACGGCUGCAGGUAAAAAGACACCGAAGCAAGGGUUUUCUAGAAAUAAGACUUUAAAUAGCAAAAGUGCUGCAAAGAAGGUUUCAGGGUCAUUUCACAAAAGAUGGAGGGCUGUUGUAUCCACCUCAGGUUUUAACAAGACUGCAACAGCUGCUGCUUUACCCGAGUUUACGCACAAGCACAUUAAAAAUGAGGUUGCUUCUUACACUGAAACCCAACUGAAGGGUCUGUACCGGCUAGGUGCGUUCAAGCCAGAUCAAAUGAAUGAGCUAUUUCAACGUCCUAUUUCUUUAGUGAGGGAUGAAUCAACUAAGAAGUUAUUUCAGCAAAUUGACUCAGCUAAAAACAAGAAGUUUAUCAUAACAGGUGAACCUGGAGUUGGAAAGUCAACUCUGUUAGCUCAAGCGCUUGCACUUGGUAUUGAUAAGAAAGCUCUCAUCAUUCAUUUGUCACAUCCUGAUCGCUUUUUAAACGGUACAAACGAUUAUUACUAUGAUGGGAAACAAUAUGUCCAGCCAAUGUAUUUGCGUGAUUUACUGAAAAAGACAUUCCAUUUGAACAAUGCCGAGACGUUGAAAUCCAUCCCGCUGUCAAAAGAGUAUAAGUUUAAAACUAAUAAUGCCGAUGGUGGAGUGAAAUCUAUCACACUAUCCUCAAAGGAGAAUACCCUUAUGGAUUUACUAAAUUUUACAGCGGCGCCACGCAGCAGAGCCGCUCACUUUGGAGCAGUGAUACAUGAAAUAUCAACACAAUCCUUAUUUCCUGUUUUCUUUACAGUUGACAACUUCUCUCGUAUCCUGACAACCCCAUUUACUGCCUAUAAGAAUGUAGAGAACAAAAACAUUCAUUUGCUAGAAUUUCAGCUUGGAAAGUUUAUAAUGGAUGUCGUUUCUGGAGCUGUAAAGUUUCGCCACAGUGGUAGCUGUGUUCUUUUGGCGACUUCUGGCAUUGAUAGAACUAACAGGACGUUACCUAUUGGACUGGGGAAGUUACCACACGACCAUUACUUAACGAGGUAUCAUUAUGAACCUAUUUUUGCAGAAUUGAUGCAAAAGGGUGGGGUCCAAGAAUUUAAGGUAGAAAAAAUGUCAAAAGAAGACCUGAAAAAACUACUCGAUUUCUACAUCAAAUCCAAUAUCUUGUUGAAUAAGGAACUGAAUGAAAAGACGUUCGAUCAAUUGGUUGAUGAGAAGUAUUUCAUAAGCGGGAAUGGAAAUCCAAGAGAGUUACUGAAAUGCAUCGCAUUGAACCCAUAUUGA